CGCGACGAAAAGGAAAAGAUGAUAGACAUAAAAAACUUGUGCAUAAAAUAUUUUGUGCGACAGUUGUGAUAAAUAUUAUGUAGACAAAUAAAACUAGUAGACAGAGUUUUGGAAUCGAAGAAUAUUAAGAGGAUACUAGGAAAAGUAAUUAGAACUCACAUAUAGCGAUUCAUGUUCAACAUUCAUUUGAUAUUAAUAAUAUUGGAACUCUGGCAUUUGGAAAAGAGGAAUUAUAAAAGAGAGCUUAUUUACUCAUUAAAACUAAUUUUCUACAUAUUCGGUUAUUUAUUCUACUCACUAUAUUUAUAUGAGUAUUGUAAUUGUAUGAAGCUAUUUUUAAAGAUGGAUUGUAGAUUAAAUUUUAUUUUAGAACUAUUAAUUAUCCUACUUUUAUGUUCUAAUAAUAAUUUUUGUUGAUGUUAUGUUUUCCAUAGCUGGGGAAAGAAACAACUAUGUUGCAAGAGUCUUUUUGACAACGUUUAUUAUUUACAUUUUUACAAAAACUUAAUCUAGAAAAAAUUUGUUCUCCAUUUUUCACGAACUUACGAAGGAAAAAUCGCUGACUCUGCAACACAUAACAUGAAGAAAUAAUGCUCGACAUUUUUGCUAUUCCUUUUGUGCCGUAUGUUUAUAACCUAAAAUGGUUAAAACGAAAAACAAAAGUGAACAAAAUGGUUUUUAUACAAAAACAUGUUGAAUCAAAGACGAUGAUCGCACUCUUGACUUGAGAAAAAUAUUUUGUGCACAAGUUUUUUAUGUCUAUCAUCUUUUCCUUUUCGUCGCGAUGGGAACAUACUCUUCAAUAUGAAUGUUUUUUUGAAAUUCAAUAUUAACUUAAAUUAAUAUUAAUAAUUUUUUGCAUGUUUUUCUCAUUCUUUUUUUUAUAUUACAGCCCUGAAAAAUGAUUCAUGAAGAACAAAAAAAUAACUACUCAUGUUUCUCUUUUACAUGUAGUCACUAAAACAAAUGUUCUUUUUAUAUUAGUAAAAGAACGAAGAGAAACAUAAAUUGAGCAGCGUUGUAUAUCUAUGACAGUUGAAUAAUCGAAAGUAAAAAAACAACGGGGAAAGUGGGUUUUAAAAACUCCCAGCAAAAAGAAGAAUGAAAGAAAACUAUAUAGACCGGUUCUUUUAACCGAAACACUGUACUUUCUGGUGAUCGAUUGACUGACGUUAGACAUUCUUGAAACGAUUGUUGAACAGCCACAAGAACACUUUGUAAACAGGACAUAUUCUUAAUCUUAAUUAUUAAAGUAAAAACUCUCAAGUUAGAUUUUUUUGCAUUAGUUUUACCACUACUAGUGACAUCAACAUUCGAAUUGUUCUGGUGACUUCUAACGUAUUUAUUUUCAAUUGUGUAAGGAACUUUUAAAUGCUUUUGUUGAUAAUAAAAACUAUAUCUUCUAGAAUACUAUCUCAUACGAGAAGUUAGGAAUUUUUUCUCAAGAAGAGAGAGAAAAGAGGGUCUUUUUGCAUGUCAUAGAAUAAAUCUGUCGUAUCUACCUUUAGUGUUGUAAAAUAAUCAUAAAAAAUGCCUUGGUUCUUGUCAUAAAACACUUUUUGACAGCAGUUAACAUUAAUUGUACGACCUUUUCGUAAUGGAAUAUAACUGUUCACAAAGUGAAUUCAAUCAAUUAAGGGAGCAAAUUGCGAUCCUGACGCAAAGAAUUGAACACCUGGAGAAAAAGUCAAUGAAACGUAUUAUCAAGAAGCUAUUAUUACCCCCAGACUUACAAAAGAUCCAGUUACAUGAUCAAAAAAUGAAAUAUAACGUGGAUCUUAUAAACUAUCUGCCACAAAAUGAAGAUGUUAAAGCUAUUUUAGUAUCCGUAUGCGUUCAGCACAACAAUCAUCCAAAUGGUCAUGCGUACUUGGUAUUUGACGCCUAUCAACAAUGUGCUACUACAGAUCAAAGAACCGAUUAUGAUGAACGAACAUACAACUGUCAUGGUACACGACAUCACCAAGAACUAUUCGUUCCAUGGGAUACGGCUAUCAAUUCGUCAAAUUUGGUUAUUGAUGUAUCUUAUGCACGUAAUACGGGAAGUUAUCGAAAUCAUGGUAAUUUAAAUUGGUUUGAAAUUAAAAUUACUGGGUAUAUCGCAUAA